AUGAGUCUAUUAAAGAUCCCCUUCAUCCUAGUUUCGGCCAUUGGCAUUCAUAUUUCGUUGACUUCUUCUUCUCCGCCAUCGUUGUCUAAAGAGAAGGUGGUGUCUUCACCGCUCGAGAUCAGCGCAUGGGCAGCAUCGUCUGCUGAAGUGGCCAAUAUCCUAGCCACAUAUGUGGGUCCCUCGCAUAUUCCAGAAGGCAUCUAUGGUGCUAGAGCUGUGCGGCUUUUGUACACUCUUCACCCUACAUCAAUCACUCCCGCUUUCCUUAUCGGCAGUAUUGCUGUCGGGAUUGGCGGCGCAUUGAGGCUUUAUUGUAUUUCGACGUUAGGAAAGCUUUGGAGCUUCGACCUCAGCAUCAGAAAAGAGCACAGACUUGUGACAAGUGGACCGUACUCGGUGGUGCGUCACCCGAGCUACACUGGUCUCCUUCUCCAAAGUGUGGGGAUUGUCGUCAUGUACGGAACUCAAGGAUCAUGGAUAAGGCAGUCUGGGAUCUUACAAGUGCCUCUCAUAAAAGUAUUAGUGACUAGCUUUUUUGCAUACACCACAUUCCUCGCUUGGCUCGCCAUCAGCCGACCUGCAGUGGAGGACCAGAUGUUGCAGCGUGCUCUGGGAGAAGAAUGGGAGAAUUGGGCAAAGAAAUCUGGCUUGUCUAGGUAUCAGAUUGACAAAAUGAAAUUUUGGCGAUACGACGGAUUCAUCGCCAUCCCUCAUGUAAAUGUGUUCACAUGUGCCUCCGCCGAAUUCGAUGGAAUCUAUCUAUUGGAUGCGCGGACAUCUAUCGGUCCUAUCAUUGACGAUGAAGGCAAAUCUGCGCAUUCCAUUCAUCUCUUUGCUGAUGCAUACUCGCGGAUUACAACCCCUUCCUGA